UGCAUGCAUGCAUGCAUGCUGUGCCCCUCCCUAGCAAUUUCCGCAAUUCCCGUUUCUGGUGCGUCUGAUGCAUCUCCCAUACCGGUAGUAGUGCGAGCGCAUGUCUGUCUGUCUGUCUGUCAUCCUUUUAAACAUCCAGCUCCUCUCCCUGCUUCUUGGCCGAGAUCCGUUCCGCUUAGCACAAGCAGCUCAUACAGCGAAGUAUCAUUUAACAAACACUCAUAUCGCAGUCCCACUCGAUAGCGACUCCCAGAUCCGGCAUGUCUGCGAACGAUUAUUACGGAGGAGGCGGCGGCAGCGGCCACGGACAGUACCAGCAGCAACAUGGCUACAACCAGGGCGGCGGCUACGCACCCCAGCAGCCCAACUAUGCACAGGGCCAGCAGCAACAGUAUGGCGGCUACCCCCCUCAGUCGCAUUCCCCGUACCAGCAGGGAGGCGGCUACAACGCCCCCCCUCAGCAGCAGCAGCAGCAGCAGCACGGAUACGGCGGACCUCAGCAACCGACCUACGCCCAGGGCGGCCAGCAUCAGCAGGGCUACGGCCACGACAACCGAGGCAGCUCUCCCUACCCCCCUCAACAGCAGUACGACCAGCAAGGAUAUGCGCCUCCUCAUGGCGGACAGCCACAAUACGGCGGCGGACAGCCCCAGUACGGUGGCCAACCUCAAUACGGUGCGCCCGGUGGUCCAGGCGGCCCCGGUCAGGACGAGCGCGGCCUCGGCGCCACGUUAAUCGGUGGCGGGGCUGCCGGAUGGGCGGCGAACAAGGCUGGCGGUGGUCUCCUCGGCACACUCGGCGGUGCCAUCGUAGGGGCCGUUGGCGCCAACAUGUUGGAGAACAAGUUUGAAAAGUGAGCUCCUCUUCUCGCCACGAAAGACGUUCGGACGGACACGCACUGACGAGAUUGCAGGAAGCACAAGAAAGACAAGAAGCACAAGAAGGACAAGCACCGCAAGCGCAGCGGGAGCUGCAGCUCGAGCUCAAGCAGCGACUAAGAGUCGGGUCCGAUGGAACACUUGAGAGCGUACAACCUCACUCACGAUGAAACCAAGCUCCCUUCGGGUGCGGCGCCCCAUUUGGAUGAUACCCUCCCUCCCCUCCGAUACAACCACUUGUCAGGCGCACCGGGAGAACGACGGCCGACGACUGCUUGAAUAAAUGCUGUUUUACGAGUUUGGACAAAUAAUAGAUGUUAAUUAAUGUCUUGUCAAUAACGUAGUAUGAAUGACAAAAAAAAUCAAAAUCAACUGCAAACACGGCA